AUGUCGACCUACCCACACAAACUAGAGAAGCAACUCAAUAUGACCUGGAGGAAACUAGAAGAAGACAAAAUAUAUCUUCAGAAAACAUUGGACGAGAACGACACGAUAAGAAGAGACGAAGGUGAACUCUUCAAUAAAUUAGCAAAAACAAUCAACGCUAACACUAAUAAAAACUUGAUUUCUAUAUCUACUGAGAUCGCUGAACUCAAACAAAAAAUGUGUGGUACUCAAGGAAAUAAAAAGGUGACUAAUAUCAUACAGACUGAAACCAAUGCCACCAACAAAAACAACACACAAGAUAGUGCAGGAAAAGAAUGCGACAAACAGGCAAAAGGGAAAUCCCAGGACAUGAUUCAACGGGCGCAUCAAUCGAAUCAAUCGAAUCAUGUUCUAGAGUCUCACCAGAGUAAAAUAAUUAUGACAGAUGUUAUAGACCUGAAUAAAAACAAGGAAGGUUCCGAGAAAUCUCACCAACUUUGUAAAAACAACACCAGGACUUUCCAGAGCAUACAUCCUCAGGAACCUAAUGUUGUCGAGAGAGCGAAUACUGCUUUGCAAGGAUCUCCUCAGACUCAGAGUAUUGCUAAAAUAACGAUAGAAAGCAUCAAUUUGAAAGUGCCACAUCUCACACCCAACGAUGACAUAAAGUUGCAGUUGUUGACACGUAUCAAAGCAGAUGAGUCUAUGAUGAUACCGUUUCGCCGAUGGGAAUUGCACGAGCUACCAGCACUCACACAAGGAUCUACCAUAGAAAUCUGGUCCGUCAAGACAUGUUCUGCAUUGGACAGUCCAAGAUAUGUUAUAGUAUUUUUCCAAACGAAAAAAGCCGAUAAUUUGCAUGAAGACGUCACCUUGUUCGAUAAUGCCAACAUCAAAUCCAUACGAUUGGCUCUGAAUAGCGACUAUUAUCCGCAAGAACGAAUGCUAUUGGACUUUUCCCGAGACCAAUAUGCCGACGCCCACUUCAACUAUACAGAGUUCAACAAGAGCUACCAUAACUGUCAAGAAAAGCGCUCUCUAGUAAACUUUGCCGAAUUCAAAUCCCGACCAAUGUUUGUUAUCGAUUGCUCGAGGCGCCAUCUGGGUCUAAAGUCGUCCACAGUUGACAUAAAUGAAGAGGCAAUCUUGAGUAACAAUGUGAAGAAAAUUUUUCGUUGA